GGGGACGCUCUGCAGCGCCCUGCGGCGUGCGGGGAGGUGGGGUGGGGGUAGCGCUUCGAAGGCCUGCGGACCCGCGCGGGUAGCGGUGAUUGAGAGAGAAGACCACCGGAGGCGCUCAGCGGCGGUCUGUGCUAGGCGGACAUACGGGCGUGGGUAACGCGGGAGGAUUCCGCGGGCGCCCUGGGCGACGGCGGAACCCUCGCUCCUCGGCGCGCGGGGACGCCAUGCCGCGAGCCCGGAAGAGGCCGGCGGGGGCCGCGAGGCCAGACAAGAAGGGGCCAGAAGGAAAACGUACCAAAACUGAGAACCCAGGGGAGGCAUCAGCUAAGGUGGAGAACUCCAGCCUCCAGGAGACUUCAGCCUCUAAAGACUGUGGGAAGAAUCUAAGCAGCUACUGGCUGAUGAAGUCAGAGCCAGAAAGCCGACUGGAGAAAGGUGUAGAUGUGAAGUUCAGCAUUGAGGAUCUCAAAGCACAGCCCAAGCAGACAGCAUGCUGGGAUGGUGUUCGCAACUACCAGGCCCGGAACUUUCUGAGAGCCAUGAAGCUGGAGGAAGAAGCCUUCUUCUACCACAGCAACUGCAGAGAGCCAGGCAUUGUGGGGCUUAUGAAGAUUGUGAAGGAGGCAUACCCAGACCACACACAGUUUGAGAAAAACAAUCCCCAUUAUGAUCCAUCCAGCAAAGAAGACAACCCCAAAUGGUCCAUGGUGGACGUGCAGUUUGUUCGGAUGAUGAAGCGUUUCAUCCCACUGGCUGAGCUCAAGACCCACCACCAAGCGCACAGAGCCACUGGCGGGCCCUUACAAAACAUGGCUCUCUUCACCCGCCAGAGACUCUCGGUCCAGCCCCUGAGCCGAGAGGAGUUUGAUUUUAUUUUGAGCCUGGAGGAGAAGGAACCGAGUUAACGGAGACACGGCUGCUGAAGUGGGCAAGAUGUUGCCCCAAAGUCAAGCUUCCACAAGACAAAAGGCGGCGUGGGGAACAUGCUGGUUGUGUUCACCCGGGGUUGUGUGUAGACGUCGGGUUUGGGUCCUUUUUAAUAAAACAUGAAUGUCUGA